CUGCACGUCGGCGUCGCUACUCCGAUUAUUUGUUUUUGUCCCCCCCCCUCCCUCGCAAACCAGCUAUGGAUAAAACUGGGUAUGUUGCUUUGGUUACGGUUUAAGUAGCUUUCGGUUUUGUCAGCGCUUGUUUGAUCGACCCCCGAGGACUGGAGAGGGGGGGUGGGAAAGUGAAGAAGAGACGCGGGGGUGAGACGAAGCUGCUAAACCUCACCUUGAAUGGCAAUUAUUCAAAAAUAUGGAAAAAACUCUUGCCCAGAUUUGGUCUGUCACAAAGAAAUCCAUCCGUCUGACAAGAUCGGGCUGUCUGGAUGCCAGAGGAAGUGGACUGAGCAAAAUGCCAACUGGUCGAGACCGCUGGCACGGAUAUGGACAGUGGUGUUGCUCCUUGGGACCUGCCUUUUGUACUGUGCCCGUGUGGCAAUGCCCAUCUGUUCGGUCAGCAUGGCAGAGCAGUUCAACUGGAGCAAGAGGGAAUCCGGCAUGGUGCUGGGCAGCUUCUUCUGGGGCUAUUGCUUCACCCAGGUCCCCGGGGGAUAUGUUAGCGACAGGGUGGGAGGCGAGAAGGUGCUCUUGCUCUCUGCAGCAGCCUGGGGGGCUAUGACGGCCUUCACUCCAAUUCUGGCCCAUUUCUGCUCCCAGCCCAUCCUAUCCAUGACACUGGCUCGCUUCCUCAUGGGCCUGCUGCAAGGAGUACAUUACCCAUCUCUGGCCAGUCUGUGCUCUCAGAAGGUCAUAGAGAGUGAGAGGGGUUUCCUCAUGAGCACUGUGGGUAGUGGCUCCUACUUGGGCACGCUGGUCAUUGGAGGGGCUGGCUCCCUCAUGUUGGACCUGUACGGCUGGGAGAGUGUUUUCUACAUCGCUGGUCUUCUCUCUGUCCUGUGGGCGUACUGCAUGUGGAAGUAUCUGCUCAAAGGGGAAGGUCCUAUCAUCACUCUGGAGUCCCUGGGAAGUGGUGGACCCCAGUCCAAACUGUCCAAGAGACACUGGCUCCGCCUCUUCAAACAACCUUCUGUCUGCGCUGUAAUCGUCACACAUCUUUGCACAGCGAGCACCUUCUUUACCCUUUUGUCAUGGCUGCCAACUUUCUUCAAGGACACGUUUCCUGAUGCCAAGGGUUGGGUGUUCAAUGUUAUUCCCUGGUUAGUGGCUAUUCCCUCCUCUCUCUUCAGUGGCUGCUUAUCUGACCGUCUCAUCAGUCAAGGUUUUGAUACAGCCUCCGUGAGGAAAUUAAUGCAGUUUUUUUCCAUGGGCGUGUCCAGUGUUUUUACCCUCCUGCUAUGUGGCACCACAACGUUCCCCUGGGCCGUAGCGUUCGUUUCUGCCACCAUGGGCCUCACCACCUUCAGCCACAGCGGUGUUUCUGUAAAUGUUCAAGACCUGGCUCCGUCCUGUGCUGGGGCUUUGUUUGGCGUAAUGAACACAUGCGGUGCAUUCUCAGGGGUCCUGAUGGUGUAUUUCUCGGGGUACUUGAUAGAGACCACAGGCUCUUGGGCGUCUGUGUUUGCCCUUAUCACAGUUGUCAACCUGCUGGGCCUCUGCACCUUCCUGGCCUUCGCCGAGGCCCGCAGGGUCGACAUUGACUCUUCCAAGGUCCGCUACCACAAUAUCCACGUCUAACACAUUAAAGACCAGGGAACAUAACUGGGGGACCAGUGGAGCCCAAGAGAGAGAGGACUAGCAGCAACCAGACGAUCCACAUCAGAACACUAGCCAUGGGAUGGGAACGAGACCGUACAUGAUAUGUUGGCCGUUUUGAUUUUCUCUGUCUGUUUGUGGGAGUACCACAAUAAUUGCCUGAACAAUGUUAUUGAGCUCUUGUGAAACCACAGCCUUGAGUCAGGACUGGGGGACAGGGGGAUUUAGGCAGGAAGGACAAGCAUAAUACAGCUGUAUGAAAUGAUGCAGUCCUAUACUGAAAUGAUGCACCGGCAAAGUAAGCCUGUAGUACUUCCACCCAGCGCACUUAGCCCAUGGAUUGUCUAACUGAUAUUGGACUGUUGUCUAGAUUCCUGUUUUUUUCCCUCUCUUUUUCCUCCCCAAUUGUACUUGACCAAUUACCCUAUUUUUCGAGCCGUCCUGGUCGCUGCUCCACCCCCUCUGCCGAGCCAGGGAGGGCUGCAGACUACCACAUGCCUCCUCCGAUACACGUGGAGUCGCCAGCUGCUUCUUUUCACCUGACAGUGAGGAGUUUCUCCAGGGGGACGUAGCACAUGGGAGGAUCACGCUAUCCCCCCCCCCCCGAACAGGUGCCCUGACCGACCAGAGGAGGCGCUAGUGCAGUGACCAGGACACAUACCCACAUCUGGGUUCCCACCCGCAGACACAGCCAAUUCUGUCUGUAGGGAUGUCCGACCAAGCCGGAAGUAACACGGGGAUUCGAGCUGGCGAGCCCCCUGCUGGUAGGCAACGGAAUAGACCGCCACGCCACCCAGAUGCCCCAGAUUCCUAUUUUCCUAUGUUGUCAUUUAUUCUCCAGCAGUUAGAAUGUGUUAAGUUUUAUGUUGCUAGAGCCAAUGCACCUAUGGGAAUUUUUACCCAGCUUCACAACAAGCGAACCCUGUUUUUAUGUGUGUGUGUGUGUG